UUGACACACUAGAACAGUACACAUACGUUACUUGUUUUUUUUUUUUUUCACCCCACUAUUUUGACGUCACACCAGCUGCUAUGAAAUGAGCAACCAAAGUUUGUCCACCUUUUAAUGCUUGAGUGAAUUUGUCUGGAUUUGUUUAUGAAAAAUGCAGAGCACGAUCACGUCAAGCAGCGGUGAAGUGGCAAGAGUGAGCGUCAGGAGGAGCGAAAGUGCCGAUGCCGAGGCCAUCCAACUCCUCGUCACUCCUGAAGCUAUGCAGCUUUUUGGACCGAUCGACGUCCUGCAACUCCUCGAAAAGGCCAACCUGGCGGUGAGCCUGGCCACCGAGGAGGAAGGCGAGGUGGUGGCCCACGCGGCCUUCUUCGACCAUCCCGACGCAGCGUGGGUGGAUCCGCCUGAGUGGGAAACUUUCCUGCGCGAGCGCUUCAAUGCGACCGCCUUGACGCCGUGGAACACGCUCUUCCUCCGUCUGUACGUGUCCCAGAGUUGCUUCUCCGCCAGUUUUCAGCACAUCAUCAGCGCCGUGUUUAACACCACCCCCGACCUGGACUUUGUGUGCCUGCUGAGCCACACGCCCGUCACCUUGGAGACGGCGCUGGAGGAACUGCUGGACCCUCUGCCGGAAGACCGAGAGGGCGAACUGGCGGCGUGGGUGUGUCACAGACACAGACUGUGUCCCAGACUUCACGUGCGUCCCGCCAGGGUGGCGGACCACGACGACGUCAUGCACAUCUUGGCUCAGCAGACCAAGAUUCUGUCGGCCAUUAACCGGCCCUACUUCCUGUCGGAGCUCAUCGAGGCCCAAGACGAGAAGAAUCACGCCGCCGUCUGCGAGUGUGACGGCACCAUCACGGGUUUCAUCAAUGUGACGGCAGAGGUGAACGUCAGGCGUUUGCAGGAACACUUUGAGCUGACUUACUUCCACGGUUUGUGCAAAGUCAAUCGGGACGAGGACGCCGAUCCCAGUUCAGAAGAAGAGGAAUCGCCUCCGGAAGUACCACAGGAACAACCGCCGGAACAGCUAGAAGACCCCGAUCCGGAAGGAGAGCAAGAAUCCCAGGAGGAGGAAGAGCAGGAGGUUCCUCCGGCAAAGUUGAAAAAAUUCUCAACAGAACCCAACGCCUUCUGCAUCCAGUUCUUCUUCUCGGAGAAAAACUACGAGAUAAGAGCCCUGGACUUCAUUCCGUACAUCUUCCAACUUUUCCCAGAUCUGGACUUCUGCAUCGUCACUGUGCCGACAAUGUCUCCGGACUUCCCGCUCCUGCAGAAUUUCCUGCGAGUCCCUCCGCGCUCGGGCAGCCUGUUGCCCUCUGACCUCUACAUCCUGCACCGCGACGGGUUGAGGGGCGUCGACGUGCGACCCGCUACCGAGUCCGACCGCGACGCCGUUGCCGAUCUGGCGGCCGAAGCCGGACGAAGAGGCAAAGUCCUUCUACGCGACCUGGACCUCAUCUACCGGGCGCCGAGCGAGUGUCCUUUUCGAGCCUUCGUGGCCGACGCGGGCGGCGCCGUGGUCGGGGCGCUGAUCAUCAGAGACGAGAAGGACACGGAGUACAUCCGGGCACGCUACAACAUCGAGAACUUCAUCUACUUCAGCCACCACGCCAUCAGUGAGCACGCUCAGCUCCUUCAUUUUGCGCUCCGUCGUUGCUUCCAACACUUCAGCCGACAAUUCUUCAAGGAGACACUGCGGCUGGCCCGCAAGUCCACCUUCUACCACCGCGUGUACCCGCUGGGCUCGGUCCGAGAGGACUGCUGCGUGCAUCAUCUGGACUUUGUCCUGGACUGCGCCGUGCCCGUGCGUCCCCGCCGCCAGAUCGUCUACCCUCUCAAGGAGCUCGGCGUCAACGCGCCCGCCAAGUGCAUCACCGACGAGCAGGCUCCGUUUGCUCUCAACCUGAUCAGCCGCAAGCUGACCAUGGAGCCAAAGCUGACGGUCAACGCCAGGAUCGUCCUAGUGGGAGCCUCCGACACCGGCCUGUCCUUCCUGGAGGCGCUUUGUUUCUGCCCUCACCUGAGAUUCAAGAACCUCACCCUCAUCUCCACGCACGGUUUCCCUAACGACUGCAGCCUGGCCGGCGUCAAAUUCCUGACCACCAGCCACGCCUACAGAAGCAAAUACAUGGCGCAGCUGCCUCUGCGCUCGUGCGUGGCCGAGGUGUGCGCCAAAAUGGUGGCCAUCAACAGGAAGUCCAAACACGUGGUGGUGUCCAACAGCGCCAAGAUUCCCUACGACUACCUCAUCCUCUGCACCGGCCUGCAGUACCAGGUUCCUUGUCCGACGGGAGCGGACCAGGUCGGGAGCGCCGACGAGGACCUGCGGGAGGAGAGGCCCUUUCCCCCGAGGUACAGCGGCACCGUGCCCUCCAAUAUGUUCACCUUGAACGACUCCCACGACUGCAACGCGGCUAAACAAUGGCUGGUGGAAAACUUUGUCAGGAGGAACGAAAACGCCAUCGUCUACGGGAACAGCAUCGACGCUUUCACCGCCGUGGAGAUGUUACUGCGGAUCGGAGUACGCGGAUCCUGCAUCCACUUGGUGCUUGCUCCUCCCCCUCGACCCUUUGCCGACGAUUCGGCGACGAGCGACGUUAACGAGGAGCCGGCCUCCGAGAGCGGAGUCGCCGCCGACUCGCCCCCCGCGGUCGACAUCGCCGACGAGCCUGUUCCCGAUAUAGACGGCGCCGCCGACUCGCGUCCCGAAAUCGAGGCCUCGGACGAUCGUCCUCGUGAAAGCGACGUCACCGACGGCCCGCCUCCGGAGAGUGACGUCGCCGAGGAUUUGCCUGGUGAAAUUGAAAACGCUAUCGAUUCGCCUCGUGAAAGCGACGUCACCGACGACCCGCCUCCGGAGAGUGACGUCGCCAAGGAUUUGCCUGGUGAAAUUGAAAACGCUAUCGAUUCGCCUCGUGAAAGCGAAAUCGCCGAUGAUUUGCCUCGAGAAAGUGACUUCACCAAAGAUUCGCAGCUCGAAAACGAAACUGAUCUGCCCGGCGAAAGCGACCUCACCGACUAUUUGCCGUCCGAAAGCGACGUCACCAAUGACCCGCCUCCCGAGAUCGUCGACACAAACGAUUCGCCUCGAGAGGUCGAGAUCACCGAAGAUUCGCGUCCCGAGACUGACGUGGUCGACGAGUCGCUUCCUGAAAACGACGUCGCCGAUGACAUCGGGCAAUCGGCUCCAGAAAGCGGCAUCAACGACGACCCGCCUCCCGAAAUUGUCGAUACAAACGAUUCUCCUCGUGAGGCGGCCGACGCCGACGAUUUGCCUCCCGAAAUUGACGAAGCGAACGAUUCGCCUCGAGAGACGGACGCCGCCGAUGAUUCGCCUCGGGAGAGUGAUGACGGAAACGAUUCACCCGAUGAUUCGUCUCCCGAUAAUGAUGACAGAAACGAUGAGGUCGACGACGCUGACGUUUCACCACGUGAGGACGACGGCGCCGAUGAUUCGCCUCGCGAGACCGACGUAACCGACGAGCCGCCUCUCAAUACCGACGUCGCCGACGAAUUACCCGGUGAGGCCGACGUAACCGAGGAACCGGCUACGGAUCUCGACGAUCGGACCGACGCCACUCGAGAAGCGUCUCCCGGUCUCGGCGCUUCCGAACUGCCACCGCCCGAUCCCGGCGCGCUGAGAGACCCCCUUCCCGCCGACCUCAUCUCCAACGAGCCGCAACCUCCGGAGCCCGGCGGUUUGUACUUUCCCGACGCCGGGGUGGAGAGCGCGGUGAUGGCGGCCUUGGAGACUUCCCAGGUUAAUGUCCACCACAACUGCUUACUAAUGCAGAUGAACGACGGCGACUAUCCCGAUCCUCUCACGUCCGUUUCCUUCAGAACCGCUACGGAACCCCUCCGCCUCACUUGCGGCGUGUUCAUCAACCUGUCCGGCCGAGGCGUGGACUCGGACGCCUUCAGGAGCAUCAACAGCUCCUUCCUGGUUUUCGACGGGCGGCUGGUCAUCGACGCCGCCUUCCGAACCAACGACGCCUCCAUCUGGGGCGCCGGCCCGCUCACCAAAUUCUCCCGCUCCUACUACAGCGACGAGUGGUCACACGCCAACUUCAACUCCAAGGAGGUGGGCCGGGAGCUGGCGGCCAGGUUGCUGAGGCACUUUGACCCCACGCUGGAGGCGCCUCGCCGGACGCCCGCUGGCGCCGGCCGCCUCGUUCCGAUUUACAUGCGGCCCAAGAUACAAGGUGGGAAGUUACCAGGAAAAUUAAACUACCUUCACGUGACCAAACCGGUGGCCAGGAGCCCGCGAGGACCCCCUGUCAGACAAGGCCGACGCAUCGCGACGGGUUGCCCGGAGAGCGGCGACUACUUCUGCUUGCAUCUGGACCAAAACCAGGUGGUGGAGACCCUCACCUGUUUGUCCUCCAAGCCGCUCCCCGUACACAACCUGAUGCGUCUCUACUCCAAACACCAAAAACUGCUGGGACAGCUGCUGAUUAGACUUCACCUGCAGCAGAUACAAGACCUUUACAGCUUCUUCAGUCAAAGCUGGUGUUUGGCCAUCUUCCACGACCGUUUCUCCGACUUCGAGGACGAAAUCCUUCAGGACACGGCGGAUGACGUCAAGGUCGACGGCGAGGAUCCGCGAGGCGCCGCCAUCGAGGACCCCGCCAGCAGGGCGGCGCUGAGGAUCAAAGCGGCCAAAUAUUUGUCUUUUAACCGCAACCUGCUGCCCAUGUUCCUCUGCCCCGACGACUUGUGACGUCAACGACGUCCCGGGUGAAUAUUUAACUCUUUGGGUGCCGUCGGCCACGCCCGACGAUAAAUCGUGUGGCGUCCAAUCAUCCUUCUGCGGUGAGUUGAAAUGAGUUUAGCGCUAUUAGAUGUCCGAUCCAUUUGAUUUUCUGCUGACCCUCCGGCUUCAAAUGCAUUGGACGUCAAUGGCAGCCACUGAGUAAAUGUGAGAUGCUUCGACAGCAAUCCAAUCGGUUGAGGAAUAAGCUAUUUAGGACUUGAUUUGAAUGUCAAUGCAUUGAUUUUGAUGAGUAACGCCGCUUCAGGGCGGCCAUGUUGGUAGGGGCGAUGGAAGGUCUUUUCAUGCUUCUGCCAUCAAUCACUAGUAGAAGGGAGGGCUGGCAGCGAAUGAACGUUUCGGGCCGUCGAUGGCAGCCAAUGGAUUAACUCUUUGGCUGCUAUUGACGUCCAAUCCUUUUUGACUUGGAGGGCUGGCACUUGGCAGCGAGCAUAGCAUUCAACUGAAACGUGUUGAUUUCACUACCGGGAAAAAGGAUUUGAUAUGCGAGGAAACAGAACCGAUUUAAAGCGCAACACAAUUGUGAUGAAGGUGAGGCACGCGCGCGUCUG